CUCCCAGCUCCGCCGGGCUCCUGGUUUGGCCUGCGGUCCCGGCGCCGAGGACCAGGGGGCGGCGCCCGGCGGCCCGGAGAAGCGCAGCAUCGGGACCUUCUGACACAAAGAGCGGCGGGCGGACGCGGGUGGGAGCCGCGCGCCUGCCCAGUGCCCUUGGGCCGCGUCCCUGGGACCCGCGCGCGGGCGGAGACGGUGCGUCCCCCGCUGCCCAGCCUGCUAUGGGAUGGAUGAAGAAGAAGAGGACCACUAUGUUUCACAGCUCAGGGAAGUCUACAGCAGCUGUGACACCACAGGGACAGGCUUUCUGGAUCGGGAGGAGCUGACCCAACUCUGUCUUAAGCUUCAUCUGGAAAAGCAGCUUCCCAUCCUUCUGCAGACACUUCUUGGAAAUGACCACUUUGCCAGGGUUAACUUUGAGGACUUUAAGGAAGGCUUUGUGGCAGUGUUAUCAUCAAGGGCUGGUGCUGGCUCCUCGGAUGAAGACAGUAGUUCUUUGGAAUCGGCUGCCUCCCAUGCUGUCCCACCAAAGUAUGUGAGUGGCUCUAAGUGGUACGGCCGGAGGAGCCGGCCUGAGCUGUGCGACUCUGCACCCAGAACCAAAUGUUUCCCAGAACAGCAAGCCAAGGCCUCCCCGAAAAGCCAGAUACGACGCUCUGCAUCUCUGGAAAGUGUGGAGAGUCUCAGGUCAGAGGAAGAAGCGGAAAGUGCUAAAGGACCUCAGAAUGAGCUAUUUGAAGCAAAAGGCCAGCUGCCGCUCUGGGGUUCUGAGGCCUUUGGGAAUACCCAGAAGUCCUGCAGCCCCUUCUUCGACACCCCUGAGAGCCAGGUCCGGGCCAUCUGGGAAGAGCUGGGCGUCGGCAGCAGUGGCCACCUCAAUGAGCAGGAGCUGGCUCUGGUCUGCCAGAGCAUCGGGCUCCACGGACUCAAGAAAGAGGAACUGGAAGACCUGUUUAACAAACUGGACCAAGACCAAGAUGGCAGAGUGAGUCUUGCGGAAUUCCAGCGUGGCCUGUUCAAUCACGGGCCCACUUCACUUCUGGAAUCUUCCUCUCCCGUCAAACUGAGCGGGUCCUGGUCUCAUUCCCAGGUCCUGGAGGAGGGUGGCUGCCACACCACCACGACAUCCUCUCUCGUGUCCUUGUGCUCAGGCCCGCGCCUUUUCUGCAGCGUCGACAAUGGCACCGGCUUCGCCUUUCCCGAGCAGCUCAUUGCCCUGUGGGCCCAGGAGGGGAUUCAUAAUGGCAAGGAAGUCUUGCAGAGCCUCGACUUUAGUGUGGAUGAGAAGGUGAACCUUUUGGAGCUGACCUGGGCCCUUGAGAACGAGCUCAUGAUGAUCCACGGUGUCACCCAGCAGGCGGCCUUGUCCUGCUAUCGCCAGGAGCUGAGAUUCUGCCAGGGGCAAGCGGAGCAGAUGGUGAGGGAGCGAGACAAGGCGAGGCAAGAUCUAGAGAAAGCGGAGAAGAGGAACCUGGAGUUUGCGAAGGAGAUGGACGACUGCCACUCGGCCCUGGAGCAGCUCACGGAGAAGAAGAUCAAACACCUGGAGCAGGAGUACAGAGAAAGGCUGAAUCUCCUGCGGUCUGAGGUGGAGAUGGAGCGUGAGCUAUUCUGGGAACAGGCCUGUAGGCAGAGAACCAUGCUGGAGAGGGACCUGGAGCGCUUGCAGGCUGAGGAGGCCAGCCUCCGAGAGAAGCUGACCCUGGCUCUGAAGGAAAACAGCCGAUUACAGAAGGAGAUCAUCGAAGUUGUGGAAAAACUUUCGGAAUCAGAGAAGCUGGUCCUGAAACUGCAGACUGACCUGGAGUUUGUUUUGAAAGACAAGCUGGAGCCACAGAGCACAGAACUCUUGGCCCAGGAAGAGCACUUCGAGGAGGUCCUGAAGGAGUACAAGCUCAAGUGCAGGGACCUGCAGGACAGCAACGACGAGCUGCAGGCUGCGGUGGAGGGUCUGCGGGCACAGUUGCCCCAGAGUUGGCGCGGCCAGCCCCAUGCACAGCCAAAUGGACGUCUGCUCUCUCGACAUGGCCGAGCAGGCAUCAUCUCCUUCCUGGGCGAUUCCACUCCCGUGAGUCUAGAAACGGAGAUAAUGAUGGAGCAGGUGAAGGAACAUUACCAAGACCUCAGGAUCCAGCUGGAGACCAAGGUAAGCUGCUAUGAAAGAGAAAUUGAGAUGAUGAAAAAGGACUUUGCAAAUAAGAGAAAAGACAUGGAGCAGGCUUUCCAGCGUGAGGUCGGUGUGCUGGAGGGCCAGAAAGCCAGCCUGGAGAAGCUCCACGCGAAAUCUCAGGAGGUCAUCCAGGUCCUGCAGGACCAGCUGCAGAGUGCAAGCCAGGGCCCUGAGCUGGAGAGGACGUUCGAGCUGAAGCGGGCGGAGAUGGAGCAGUGCUACGCGCAGGCGCUGUCUGGCCUGGCGCAGCAGCUGGCCCGGGAGAAGGAGCAGCUGGAGGCGGAGCUGCGCCAGAGGCAUCAGCAGGAGCUGCAGCAGUUCAGAAUUAAGUUGGAUAGGCUUUCUGAAGAAAACACAGUAUUGAAAAAUGAGCUGGGGAGAAUGCAGCAAGAGCUUGAAUCUACAGAAAGGACAAAUGAUGCACAAAGGAAGGAAAUUGAGCUUUUAAAGAGAGACAAGGAGAAGGCCUGCUCCGAAAUGGAAGAGCUCAACAAACAGAGUCAGAAAUGCAAUGAUGAAUUGCUUCAGCUCAACCACAGGGUCCUUCAGCUCGGAGAGGAGGCCUCUAGCCAGCAGGCCCACAUUGAGAACAAUGGCAUCACCAUUCAGCUGUUAACACAGAGAUUGGAGGAGGCUGGACGCAGGGAGGAGGUGCAGGGUGACCAAAUUAAAAAACUCGAACUUGAACUUGAACUCAUAAAUCAGGAAUGCCAGAGCCUGAGACUGUCAUGGUCACAACUGAGAGAGACCCUUGAGGAAAGUCGAAACCAGCUGCACGGAGCCAACCUGAGCCCUGAGCAGCCCUUGCAGGACGUCCACCAGCUGCAGAAGCAGACGGAGCAGAGCGUGCCUGUGGGCUGCAUGGCAGAGCUGCGGCAGCUGCUGGAAUGGGAGCAGCGGGCAGCUCAGCAGCUCUGCCAGGAGUGCAGCCUCCAGCAGGAGGAAGGGAGGCGACAGCGGGAAGAACAUAAAAAGCAGCUUAAAGAUACAGAAGAGCAGGUGGAAGAGGUGGAAAUGAUUUUGAAGAACAUGGAAAUGCUCCUGCAAGAAAAAGUGGGUGAGCUGGGAGAGCAGUUUGAGAAGAACACAAAAUCCGAUUUGCUGCUCAAGGAGCUCUAUGUGGAAAAUGCUCACCUGAUGAAAGCACUUCAGGUCACUGAAGAGAAGCAACGAGGGGCUGAGAAAGAAAACCGAAUCUUGGAAGAAAAAGUAAGAGCUCUCAACAAACUCAUCUGUAGAAUAACUUCAGCAUCCUUCUCUGUCUAGACUGCUUGUUUUUCUGAAAUUCAUUUUGAAAGAGCGUCUUUUAAACUUAAGCCACUGUGAUGCCAUAAUUUUCUAUGGUUCAUUGGCCAUGCACCCCUGGACAUAUGAGCCAGAUGCUGGGGAAACAGACAUGCUGGAAAAGACUACACCUUUAUUAGUCCAAGGUAAUUUCCAAUUGUGCUUAGUCACUGGUGAAAUCAGAUCAUGGGGGCUCUCAGCAAAGAAUGACUAAAACACAAUGAUAAAGCAAAAGCAAUUUCAAUGUUGUGCUUUUGACUUUGGCUGCAGAGAUUAAAGUGCAAAAUUAGAGCUUUGCACAGUUUCACCAUUCCACUGUGACUGCUUUGGGUUUAAAUCAUUAGUAUCCUUAAUGGUGAGUCUGUACAAACAUUCCAGAAAGGCUUCACUCUCUGUGACUGUCACCCAGUGAUAAGGGACAAAGGAGGGAAAACCCUUGUUUAGGGACCGCUGCACAAUGGAAAGGUGUUUGGACAAUGCUUAUUUUAAGUCUAUGUGCUCAGGGAUAAUGAUAUUUAUUGUGAAUGCAAUCUUUUCCUCCUUGAAAUGUCAUCACACUGGAAAAUGUAUUAUAUAGUUUUAAAAAAGUAUAGUUUUAUAUCCAAAAUACACAAAUUAUGGUCAUUUGGUUUAUCAGAAUAAACUACUGUAAUAUGAAGAGUCACUAUUUGCAAUAAAUUUUUCUAUUAAAAUUGA